GUAAGAGGAAGCCAGUGUAACUGACUGACUAGUUUAUUUUCUUUUUCUAACAUACAUCAUUGAAUCAGUGACCAAUGAUCAGUGCGGUUCCAAGUACAACAUGACUGUGUUUCCCAUUUCCCAGGAGUGGGUUCACACGCUCUGCCACCACACGAAGCUUAUGCUCGGUCCCUAUAUAUUCAAUGCCCAUGAAUAUCAUUAAUUAUAUCAUCGAUGUUAUGCAAUAUUACACACUAAUUUUGGAAACAUUUAUAUGUAUUGUAUUUUAUCAUCGUAUAAAUAAGAUAUCUACUAAAAUCAAUUUUAUAUAUGCAAAGAGAAUAUCAAUGAUUAGUAAUUGUGUGAAAUUCAUUCUGUAAAUAUAAACUGUUAGAGUUAUUUGUUCUAUUAAGGAAGAAAAUAGUUAGUUCCUGACCAUAAAGACAAGAGAAAGAUGCCAGAACCUAACAGUACAAUGAAAAAUACUACACCUGAAGAAGAAAUUCCAUAUGGAUGGCUGAUCAAACCAUGUGAAAUGUAUAAAGAGGAAUAUAAGGAUUGUAAAAGCAUAAAAGCACGAUUUCAUCAAUAUUUUAUAUUUGGAGAAACUGUAGACUGUGAACAGUGGAAAAUUGAUUAUGAUAAUUGCAAUCUAUGGUCUGAACAUAAAGAUAAAGAAGCAUGUAUGCAAUUAAUAAACAGUGAAAGGAAGCGCAGACUAGAGAGAUUAGAAGGUCAUUAUAAUAAUGAUAUUUGGCAAAAGAGAGAUAAACCUCCAGAAAAUUGGAAUGCUCCAUUACCUAGUUGGCUAGAAAAAGAAAAUAGUAAAUCAUAUUUACGAAUUGUAAGUGACAAAUUAAAAGAAAAUCAAGAUGAGAAAGAAGAAAAAAAGUUUUGUACCAUAAUGUAAGAACAAUUUAAUGUAUCUAACAUUAUAGAUAUUUUUAAGUAGUACGUGAUAUUUCAAAAUAAAAAUUCAGAAAUUUAA